GGGAACACCAACUCCUAGCUAAUGUAGUAAUAAAGAAAUGUGUUGUCUCCAACAGGACGAUACUUUCAACAAUCAGGAAAAAGCUGAUAACAGAGAAAUACGACCGAACACCCAUGCUCCCGAAGUGGACAGGUUGAUAGAGGAUUCAAAACCAAAGAGGAAAAAGGAAUUUUCUAUUCGCAAUUGCUUCAGAAAUUGUAUAUUUUGUGGGGGAAAGGGACCUGACAUGGACCAAGACAGUUCAGUCAUUGUCGAAGACAACCUCAGAAGGAGGGAGUCUGAACGUUGUUUACUAAGUUCACGUGAUCCAGCUGAUAUAUCAGGACCGAAUGUGGGAAUUCAGUUAACGGAAACUCAACGCCCAGGCAGAGGUUUAUAUAUUGACAUCAAUACCGACGAUGGAGAGGAGGAACUGAAGGAAAUAUUUGUGUGAAAAUAAAAAUAUAAGGGAUACCGAAAUCCGGGAUGUAUCGCUAUUUGUAUAUUGAUCGUGUUUAUUUGCACACAUUUGUUUGUGACAUUUGUGUUUGUCUCAUUAAAGAAACGUUUGAUCAACAUCAUCCGUAUAUGUUUUUUGUUUAUACUUAUCAGAUCAAUAUUUUGUACAGAAUGCAUUAUUGUGAUAUCUAA